AUGAACUUGGCGACCAUGUUCGGCCGCCUCGACGUCCAGACCCUCCUAGUGCUAUUCUACCUCAGCAUCGGCACCAUCUCGGGCUCCGUCCUCCUCUGCUACAUCCCCGACCACCCCCGCCGCGCGGGCCUCCCGCCGCCCUACGGCUGGCGCGCCAGAUCCAGCGUCCGCGCGCUGUACGUCUUCGCGUGCGCCGUCUUCUGGCCCGUCGCCGUGCCGAGCGUCGUUACUUACUACGAGCUCACGGAGCGCAACGCCCGCCGCGCCCGCCGCGCCCUCCGCAACACCGUCUACCUGCCGCGCUACGAGCCCGACCCGGCCCGCGACCCGGCCUUCAGGCCCCCGCGCCCGAGCCCGUCGGGCGGGUCCGUCGUCUUCUCGGCCCGCAUCCGCCGCGUCACCUGGGAGAACGUCCCGCUCAACGGCGUCGCGCCGCGCCGGACGACGACCCCGCCCCCUUAUUGGGAUUACGCUUGGAAGCGUGUUAAGGCUGUUACGUGCUAUUUCUUGUGCCAGGAUAUUGGGGGGUCGGCAUCGCCUGCUGCGCCAAGACCAACGGCCGAGAAGGAAGUCACUCCGGCUACCACGCCCGCGCCCCUGCGGCGUCAGGGAUCCCUCAUGAACACAGGUCUGCAGACAGCCAUCAGCAGCCCCGAGAAGACCACCGGCACUGUCGUCCCCGAUGUUGAGAAGCAGGCGCGGGUGUACGCCACACAAAACGCGGCCGCCAACGACGACAUCAACCAGAAACCCGGACCAGACGACUGCUCCAACUUUAGGCAGGAUGGCGUGGCCAGGGUACAGGCAAUGACUUCGAUGUGGACGAGCAAGACCAUGUGCAGCAUAUUUGCCAUCCUCACAGGCAGCGCCACGCUGGCCGACAUGACGAUGCUCAAGAAUCGCAUGAUCGCGCUCGGCUUCAACGCGUCGCCCAUGAUCAUCAGCUACGUCGCCGGGCCCGUCAUCGUGGAGCGCUUCAUCGGCGAGUCCAGCUUCCGCUGGGCCUUGGCGUCGUCCUCGUUGGCGUCACCGUCCCCGGUCGCCCUCGUUUUGGUCGUGAACGAGCGGAAGUCCAGGGUGGCCGGCAUCCUGACCGCCGGGCCGUCGGGCCGGUCCUGGGUCGACGCUUGCCGCCACUACUGGGUGCAGUUCGACGUCGUCGGCCUGGCCCUCAUCACUGUCGGCGGGGCACUGCUUCUGCUACCCUUCUUGCUCACGACAUACGUGGACAACGGCUGGGUCAACGGCAGCCUGAUCGCCAUGCUCGUCAUGGACCCCGCCCAUCCUGUGCGCCUUCGUCGCGUGGGAGUGCUGGUGGACGCCCGUGCCCGUCUCCCCCUGGAGGUCGCGCACUCCCAGGACAUGGCGGGCGCGGGAUACAUCCUCAACGCCUUCUCGCUGACCAGCGCCACGCUCGGCGUCCUCGUCGGCAUCGCCAUUCGCUGGACCAGCAACGUCAAGUGGGCCGCCGCGGCCGGCGUUGCCGUUCCUGGUCCUGGGCACGGGCCUGCUCGCGCGCUUCCGCAACCCGGACUCGUCCGUCGGCGUGCUCGUCAUACUGACAUGACUUCAACGGUGUUGGCAGCGGCCUGCUCGCGCUGUGCGCCCAGCUGGCCGCCAUGGCCUCAGUCAGCCGCAACGAGAUCACCGUGGGCCCGGUGCUGCACGGCCCUCUUUGGCGGCAUCGGCACCGCCGUCAAACAGGCCAUCGCCGGCGGCCUGUGGAACAAGGUGCUGCCCGCCAAGCCGGCCGAGCUGCUGUCGGACGAGGCCAAGCCCGACGCCGCCGAGAUCCUUGGCGAUAUGGUCAGCCAGAUGGCGCAGGGCGGCGCCAUGCGCGACGCCAUCAUCACCACCUACGGCCAGGCCCAGCACCUCAUGGUAAUUGCCGGCUGUGGGUUCGUGCCGCCCGUAGUCAGCUCGCUGUUGCUGUGGAGGAACAUUAACGUCAAGGGCCGGGGACCCAUUUGGGUAAUGGGUCCAAAAUCUGGGUAA